AUGGAGGCGCACAAGACCACCAAAUCAGAGACAACUAGACAAUUUAAGGAUGAAUGGGGCUGGCCAUGGCAAAUUCAGAUUCUUUUUGUUAUAGAUAAAUACAAAGCUAAGGCCAUUGAGUUAAAUGGACAAGAUUUUGAUUGGUUGCAUUCUCCAGUGGAUGCUAGAGCUCUUUAUGAAUGCUCUUGUGGUCGCCCACAUGGAAAAUGGGCCACAUUUAAUGGAAUGAUCAAUGACAAAGAAGUCCUCCCUGACUUAAGGAGAAGUCAUGCCUGUGCAGUGGCUGCUAGACGUCAACGCCAAGAGGAAGAGGAACGAUCAAGGAAGGAAGCUCAUGAUAGUCGCGUGGCCAAGGAAUAUGCCCAAAAUAUGUUGGAAUGGGGUAGAAUGAGUGUUGUUCAGCACACUGGUAUGCCUGCAAUGUUAGUUCCUCCUCCUCUGCCUCCCUCACCCGCGCCUCCUGUAUAUGCCGAUCCACCAUCUUCAAAUCCCUCUCCCAACAAUACUUGUACUGGUGGCUCUUCUGUUGGAAUAGAAACUCCUGGUGAAACAUUGAGUAGAAUUGCUCUUGGAAGAUUCCGUGGCCAUGAAAAUACAGCAACUACAAGUGGUGAUGGUACCUACUCUCUGCCGCAGGAUGAAUUUCCAUUCUUUUGA